AUGCCAGCCGUUCCACCUGCAGGAACGCCGGUCAUGCAUAAACUGUAUGGACCGAUGGCCAAUAGGCCAAUUGUGGGAAAUUUGGAAGGUAGACAUUUGGUCGCCAAAUCGGCUCCCCUCUUCGCCAGGCUUGUCAGUGCAUUGCCGUGCAUGCUUGCAUGUGAAUUUGUUGUCUCCUUCCCACUAAUCUGUCAGUUGAGCCGCGUCAAGUGUCGCUUUCACUGCGCACCAUCACACGAGCAUGCCGGUAUAUGUGCACAUGCAAGCGUUAUGUGCAUUUAUGCUACCUCUUGUCCUUCACUAAAUGACGGCCGAUUUUAUGUAGUCCGAGAUAAAACCAGAGAUAUCAUGAUUUUCAUUAGGCGGGAGGAAGUAGUUGGGCGCUUCACAUCAAGGAUCACCUCUCUACUCGACGAUAUCUCUUUUACGCCUCUCUUGUUGCACGUAAUGGCUACCCCACGGCCACUCUUUGGUCUUCCAACCCUUACGCCAUGA